GCGCCCAUCUCUGGCAGGGGCCAGCCUUUCCCGCUCGUGCCACUCCGCCCUUCGAGUCCGUGGUCUUCACGCGUCUCCAGUCGCCCCGGCAGCGCCGAAGAAAAAGCAAGGCGCGUCUUCUACCGAGGCGGACGACCUAUUUGGAGAAGAAGAGGACGACUCACUGUUUGGAGACGACCUCUUUGGAAGUACCAAGCCUUCCACCGUCCAGCCCACACACGUCGAUGCUGUGAAGCGUACGGACUUUCCCCCGCACAACCCCUCCGUCCCUGCCCCCCGCAACUACGACAGGUCGCCACCACUCGGAGUCAAUGUCCGGGUCCUUGCCGCCGAUGACAAGAAGGCGCGGUUCGAGGAGCUCUACCAGUUCGCAGCCAGCUGCAUAGCAGACAAGUCCGAGCCCGCACGCCAAAUGCGCACCUCGGCCUGGCACCACCUCUUCUCGCUCGCCGGCACGCCCGAGGAACUGGAACGCGUCGCAGAGCUGUUCCCCAAGUGGCGAGACGCGCGGCGGUCGUUCCGCCCAGCUACCCCGGUGCAGUUCGCUCGACGCUGCGAAGAGCUCCACUGCCCGCAGCUUGCGCUCAAGGUCUUCGGGAACCACUCCAAAUACGGCCUCGACCUCACCCUCGAGGCCGCACGGCCGCUGUUGCACGGCCUGCACUUGCACCACCCGCUCCAGGACACGAUCACGCUCACCGCGCUCUUCAGCGUCUACAAGCUCCCGCCCGUGUCCUCCGACCUGGUAUGCAGCGCGCUACUCCUCACCGCAUGCUUCAAGCACGCGUCGGAGGAGUCGCUCGCUGUUGCGCGCGCGCUCGUGUCCUCCUUCCAGCAGCUGCUCGCGACGACCGAGCCCGCCGCGAUGGCGCUCCAGGCGGCAGACCACGGGCUGCCCGCGGACAAGGAGAAGCGCUGGCUCGCGUGGACGUUGAAGAAGGUCGAGAAGGCAUUGCAGCGGCAGGAGCUCGACUUUUCGUGGCUCAGGCAGUGGCGCGUCGCGAGUGGAUAUGCCGGGUAUACUGGAUUGGAGUGAUUGUUUUCACUAUGGUACGCCACAUUAAUACGCACAUAAUCACUACCUCCU